AUGACCGGUGCCAUGGCUACCAAGUCCGAGAUCCGGGAGCACCCGUCCAAGCAGGGCGUCACCGUCGCCGCCUCCGGCAAGGAGCUCGAGGCCGAUGUUCAGCGCAAGAUGAAGGUCUGGGGUGUCAUUGAGGCUUUCCGUGACGGGCGCAUGCCCGACAACAAGCAGAUCGACGCUGCGCUCGCGUACGCCCAGAAGGCGUCCCCCGUCGACCUCAACAAGCUCUCCCCCGAGGGCCGCGUCCUUGUUGACGACACACGCGACAUCAUCGAGACCCUCCGCGCGAUGGUCCACGAGAAGAACGCCGAUGAGCUCUUCCAGAACGCUCUCUACACCUCGGUCAAGACCGACGUCUCGCACGCCAAACAGAGCGGUGUCGUCCCCAUCUCCAAGGAGGACGCCAAGGCUGACGGCGAGACUGCCGCCAAGCACCUCCGAGUCCUCCUUACCCUCUUUGUCACCAACGCCGAAGUCCGCAAGCUCGCCAAGGAUCUCGGCUUUGUCGGUCGCGACAUCUUCGCCUCGACCGCGUCGCGCGCCGCCGACAAGGCCCGCCCGUCGCAGCAGCAGCUCGACCAGGUCGACCGUGAGGCGCCCUCCAAGCAGUGGAUCGGUGCCGACGGCAAGAAGCUCGGACCUAACGACACCCCCGAGCUCCAGAUGAAGGGCCCGGACGGUGCCGAGGUCAGGUACAACCCCAAGGACGCACCCAGCCAGGCCAAGGUGACCGACACUCAGGGCAACACCCACUCGGCCGGCGGUCUCUACGACAAGGCCCAGCAGAAGAAGGAGGAGGUCAGGCAGACUGCCGAGCAGAAGGCCAACGAGCAAGGCGGAUCCGGCGGGAUCAAGGAGCAACUCAAGUCCCACGCCCAGGACGUCGCCGGCAACCGCGACCCCAACGCCUCGCUCUCGCAGCAGAAGGACCAGGUCCUCGGUGCCGCCCAGAACAAGGCCGACCACGCCCAGAACCAGGCUCAAAGUCAGGCUCAGAACGACUCGCGCGCCCCCAACAACGCCGAGGACGCCAAGAACCAGGCCCGCGACAAGGCCAACCAGCUCAAGGAGAAGAUCCCGGAGGAGCACCGCCAGAAGAUCUCUGACGAGCUCCACGCUCAGAAGGAGAUCAUCCAGGAUGCCUUCCCCGAGGAGAGGCGCGAGCAGUUCAUCUACCGCUUGAAGAAGGUUUUGGUCGAGCUCCAGGAGCACAAGGACUACCGCGAGGCCAUGACUUGGCUUCUCGACACCUUUGACAACUACAAGGGCGCCGCCGAGCACGUCGCCCACAAGGCCACCAACGCCGCGGACGGUGUCGCCAGCGACGGCGGUGUCCAGGACGCCACCCUCCGCUUCCGCCGCCUCCUCGAGCGUUUCGCCAACGGCCAGUCCCUCGACGGCGUCUACAACGCCCUCGACCAGAUGUACCGCGACACUGCCAACGACCCCAAGCUCAAGAACUGGUGGUCCCACGCCAACGACUACGUCCACCGCGUCCUCCUCGAGCCCGGAUUCGUCCUCGAGGACGAGGCCGACAAGGAGGGGCGUCAGCUCCAGGAGGGCGGCAAGGAGUUCUUCGACGACAAGUACAAGAAGAGCCAGGAGACCCUCUUCGAGGAGCUCCAGCGGUUUUUCACGGCGUUCGCGGAAGAUCCGCUCAACCAGCGUCUCGGCGACGACGUCAAGCGUCUCACCAAGGACCUCCUCUUCAACGAGGAUGGUAACUUGGCCUUCAAGCCUCACCUCUGGAACGACCUCAGGGUCCACUUCUUGCCCGCCGUGAUUCGGCAGAUUGGGUACGUUCCUAUACCCCGUGCUGAGUAUGAGGACGACAAGAUCGCUGUUGUCAUCGAAAAUUUGAUCUUGAGCGGGCCAAACCUUUUCCCCAACGUCGUAACGCUCGAAGCAAACAACCGCGUCACGUUUUCCCCCUACGAGAACAUCAACAAGACGCUCGACACGCAUCACCACAAGAUGAGGCUCGGUAUGAGCCAGAUUCAGGCCGACAUCCGCGACGUUGCCUUCUCGUUCAAGCGCAAGAGCGGGUGGCCCAAGCUUUCCGACCAUGGUCUUGCGGAUGUCAUCAUCAGCGGCAAGGGUAUCAGCAUUGACGCCGAGAUCGAGUCGGUUGAGCACAGGCGAAACGAUGUGUUCAAAGUGAACCAUGUUACUGUCGAGAUCGACAACAUGACCUGGAAGAUCAGGGACUCGAAGCACGACAUCCUCUACAAGUUCCUUAAGGCCACCGCCACCGGCAUCAUCAAGAAGGCGAUCCAGGCGGCCGUCAAGGUCGCUCUCACCAAUGCCCUCGAGGAGGGUAACAGCCAGCUUGCUCAGGUCCGCAACACUGCUGCCGAGGCUCGCAAGUCCAACGAGACCAACCAGCGUGAGGCCAUCAAGGAGCUCUACAAGCGCAAGGCCGAGAAGGCGGAGCGUGAGAAGGAGGCUGCCAAGGACCACACUGGAACGUUCCGUAUAGUGACCAACCAAGAGUCCAUGCUCAACCCUGAGAUGACCCACUCGGACGGAAAGAGCAUAAUCAAGAGACUUGCUAAGACCGAGGAUCUUAGCCACAGCGGAUCGGCCUGGCGCUCUCCUGCCUUCUCCCUCACCGACUCCAAGCACCCAGCCGUCACUGGCGAGCACCAUCCUCAGGCCGUAGCGGGUGCGGCGCACGGCAAGGGCAUGUCUUCGGCCAUCCCAGCUCCCGGGGCUAGCGGCAAUCAGGGACCGGCCGGAAAGUAA